AUGAAGACGCUGACCUUAUUCUGCGUCGUGCUGGCGGUGUUUGCUUGCCACACGUUCGCACAGUCCAACGCCAGAAAUGACUCAGAAUAUUGUCCCCCAGAUGGAGGAAAUGGUUCCAAUAGCGGACCGGACCUCAACGCUGACAAGGAUGGGCAGGACGAUGGCCUUUGCGCUUCCUUCCAGGAUGUGCUCGGCCUGAUCGACCACGAGGCUCUAGUGGCCCUGAUCGAUACGCACUCUCAGUGCGACGCCAAGUUCCGUAAGGCCAUACGCUUCUUCAACACCCCCGGACACCACAGACAUAUCGAGCUUAUCCUGGACAUCUUUGCGUGCAUCGCGCUGCGUGUGCCCCAGGUCGAAAAGAGCUGCGACUGCAGUAAGGUCAAGAUGAAGAAUCACAGCUUCAUCGCCGACCUGCUGGCCCUCAUGCCCAAGAGUGAUGUGCAUGGGUACUCCGUGGAUGCCCAGUCCAAGAACUCGAACUUUGCCCUGUUUUCCCGCACGUUCACGUCGACAGAGUUCCAGGCCACUCUCCGCGCCAAUAUUAAGAAACACGAUGUGGCCAGUGCAUUGAAUAUCCUGCGUCGCAACGGAUGGGACAUUCUCGAGCUGCUGCGCGCCAUGAUAACCAUUCUCACCUGGUGACCUGCCGGCGACACAGGACACGCCGCCACCUUCAUUGUGCGCAACUCUGCAUUGUGUGUAAACCAAAUACAGCAACAAGUUUAAAGAUAAAA